GCAAGAACUUCUGUCCUAAGUUGUAGAUGGAAAGAGUGCCUAUAUUUGUUAUGUGGUGCUAAGAGUUGAACCCAGUGCCUCACACAUGCUAGGAACUCAAAGCCAAGGACAUCAUCAAAGCAAACAUUAACUUCAAGUUCCUGGGGCUGCUGACAAUGUGGAGAAUACCGAUGGCAUCUGGUAGAGGCUGCUGUGCCCUGGCCAUCCUGCUGACAAUUGUGGACAUCCAGCCUGCUGGAUGCAUACACAUAACCAGCUCAGCUUCCGAGUAUGGAAAGCAACUAAACUUAAUUUGUGUUCUGUGGCACAAGAAAGAAGAAGCUGAGGGGCUUAUAGUGUUCUUGUGCAAAGACAGAUCUUGGGACUGCUCCCCUGAGACCAGCCUGAAACAGCUGAGACUUAAAAGUGAUCCUGAGAUAGAUGAUGUCAGUGAAAAAUCAUCUCGGCUGGUGUACACCAUCAACAAAGUCACACCAGUGGACAGUGGGACCUACCAGUGCUGUGCCAGGAGCCAGAAACCGGAUAUGCACUUUCAAGGCCAUUUUUUCUCUGUUCUAGUCACAGAAACGGGGAACUACACAGUGACAGGACUGCAACAAAGAGAGCACCCUGAAGUCAGCCAGAAUGAAGGCACUCUCAGUUUAGGUUUCCCACAAGAAAAGAUCUGGGUAUUGCUCAUCAUAAGCCUGCUGGCCCAUUAAGCUUUUUAUAAGCUUUGUGCCAGAAGAAACUUUUUAAAAAGUUACAGAAAGAUAAACUGACAAUAUGCACAGAGAAAAUACAACCCACAGGAUAACAGAAGAUAAAUAUUCUAAGAAUCUGAAGUAUUAUCUGUGGGGUAAAUCAAUAUAUUCCCUGACCACCCCUCCUCACUGCCAAAGUAAGCCUUUUUCCCACAUUAGUACCAGUCAAUUUAAACAAAAACAAACAAAAAAAAGAUUUAACAACAGUUCCCAAAUAUUGGAUAAGUACGUGUGCGUGUUUUACCACAGAACUUUUUUUCCUGCUUCCUCCCACAAUACAGCCAAAUAAGCAAGUCAAAAAAAUUGAACACUUUUUUUCAGGAAGAAAUUUUUAUUUAACACUAUAAAAGAGAGAAGAAACAAGCAAAGAUAGGUAAGAGAGCAGAGGAAGAGAGGCAGACCCUGACUGACUAGGUAUGCGAAUGAGGAAGUGAAGACAGACGUUGGUAUUCAGUAGCGUCUCUACAGCACUGUUGGAGAAAGAGGAAGACUUUGCAGACCAGGUGUAGAUUAUAAUUGUUCAGCUUCAACUAAGUAUUUGCCAACUUCUUCAGCCAUUUCUUCCUCUUUUAAAUAAAUGCCCAGAGCAGUACUUGCAGCAUUUUUUCCUAAACUCACAAAUCUUGCUUUGGACGGAUCUGUCAUAGUUAAGCAGAGAAGGGGCAGGAUAUUUCUAAUAACUGGAAAUAUGUGAAUAAAAAGAUAACAGUUUAGCUGGAGCUAAUGGCAAGUCAUCAAAAGAAGACAGACACCUUAACUAUGAUAGACCUACCAAAUGUGAGAACUAAGGUUGUGGGCACCAAGAGAGCUAAGGCUAAAACACAUCAGUAAGAUCCUCAUUAAGGAUGUCUUGAGGAUCAAAAGUUUGAGACCAGACUCAGCAACUUAGCAAGACCUGUCUCAAAAUAAAAUUUAAAAAAUGGGCUGGGGAUGUAGCUCAGUGGUAGAGUGCCCCUGGGUUAAAAUCCCCAGUACCCUGCACUAAAAAAUGUAUGUAUUUGUAUCUGGAUAUUACAUUUAUAUUUCAACUGGAUGCAGAU